AUGAAUCCCACAAAACCCCCACCACAACCGCCGCCAGAUGGAGCCAAGUAUGUUCUGCAUUCCGAAAAAGAUAGCUACGAUUUUGUCGCCAACAGAACAACAAGGAAACGAAAUAAUUUCCUUGAAGCAACCGGACAUCUAAUAAAGGGCUGCCUCGGUGGAGGCAUUCUCGGUAUUCACGAAGCCUUCAUGAAAUGUGGACUUUGGACCGCACUCUUUGUUACAAUAAUUUUUGGCUUUUAUAUCUCUUAUUGUCAACACAUUUUAGUAAAAUCAGCACAAACACUGUACAAAAGGCUGCAUAUCUCAGAAAUGUCUUACCCAGAUGUAGCAGAGGCGUCUCUACAAGUUUCGCCCUUCCCUAAACUAAGGAAAUACAGUAAAUUGUUUAGAUACGCAGUAGACGUGACAAUAUGCAUAGAUCUGUUUGGGGCCUGUUGCGUCUAUCAAAUAAUAAUAGCCAAGACGAUAAUGGAAGUUAUAGAGAGCAGUCAAGCAACGGAGGUUGGAUAUUUAAACAAACUGAGGCUCUAUAUUCUGGCUCUGUUGGUUCCUAUUCUUCUUCUCUGUAUGAUACGGACAUUGAAGUAUUUGGCUCCGUUUACUUUGGUUGCUGAUGUCUUUAUUGUUGUCUGUGUGGUAUCGACCAUCGUUUACGGAUUGAAAUCAGCUCCUCCCAUCUCCGAAGUACCGGCGUGGAAGGGCGCUUUGGGUUUUUUCGAAUUCUGUGGUAUAGUGGUGUUUAGCAUGGAAGGUAUCGGUGUCAUUCUACCGAUUGAGAACAACAUGAAGAACCCAAAACAAUCCUUAAGGGUAAUUGUAUGUGGUAUGACCGCUGUACUAUUAUUCUUAAUAACAGUUGGCUUCUUUGGGUACUGGGGUUUUGGAGAGCAUGCUGUGUCACCGGUCACAUUAAAUUUUCCAUCUGACUUAUUUCCAACGAUUCUCAAAGUGUUAAUGGGAAUAAUGAUAUUUGUGACGUUUGCCUUGAACUUUUGGGCGCCUUUCAAUCUCGUCUGGUAUUACGUCUCCAAGAAACAUGACCCGAAGAAACAUUGGAUUUGGGAGAGAGUGUAUCGAGGAGCAUUCAUAGUCGUAAUAACUGCUAUCGCUAUUGCAUUUCCUAAUAUAGGAAACUUAAUGGGCUUGUUGGGUGCCUUCGCCUUAUCAAACAUGGGUUUUAUCUUUCCAGCAAUCAUAGAUUUGUUGGUUGUAUGGGAAGUGCCUGGAUUGGGAAAAUGGCGGUGGCGUCUUUGGAAGAACACUUUCAUCAUAGUCGUAGGAGUUCUACUCUUUUCCGCCGGAAGUUACUCAAAUCUGAAAGGAUUAAUAGCGAAUUUGUAA